UUGCCCAUCCGUGAGGUGAAACCUACUUACCUGUCUGUUCCCUGGAGACAGCCGUGUCUUUGGCUGGUGGCAGGAAGCGGUGACUGGGCAUUCUCCUCCAGACUGGGACUGCCUCUGACCCAUGGCUCCUCUUCCAGGAAUCCAUUCCAGAGACACACAGGGACGGGCAUGGGGUGGGCAUGCGGGACAGGAGCUGCACCCUGCUCACUAGCACUGUGACCCCGAGCAAGCCGUCACAGGAGCUCUCGUGGUGGAUGGGCGGCCUGCUCCACUGGGGGCUGGAGAGCUGCUGAAGGGAGGCCCCACGUGACAGGCCUUUGUGGCACCCCAAACGAAGUGCAAAGGGCAGGCACAGCCUGCACAGCGGGCCACGCCAGAAGGAGCCACGGCCCCCAAAGGUCAAGAGCAGCGUGACCAUGCGAUCCAGCCGCCCAGAACGGAAAGCGGGAAUUCACAGAGGGAUCCUUUGGUUCACCUGGUUGCUGGGAUAAGCCAGGAUCUCGUCCCACAUCCAGUCCUCGGUCAAUCACAUCCGCAAAGCCCCCGUUGUGCUGUGCGUCACCUCUGAGACAUCGCCUGUCUGCCUCGCUGUGCACUGGGGACCCAGCAGAGGAGGCCAAUCGUAACCGGUGCCCCUGGUGCCCUCCAGCCCCCUGCCCUGUUUGGCAGUGUGACAGUGACAGAGGUGCCCUCGGGAGGACAGGCUCGGUGCUGCCCUGAAGGUCACCUCACAGCUUCCAGCCAUGAAGAGGUGGCCUGAGCUGACAGAGGCUGGUGGGGGCUGGGAGGCAGCCUUGGGUGCUGGGAGUGGCGCUGGCAGCACCAGGCCCCCACCCCGGGCCCCUGUCUGCCUCACCUGGUCAACAGCAGCUGCUGGCAGGAUCCUGUUCCGUAGACGUCGCGGUCUGGAUGGGAGGUGUCCCCCAAGGGCUCAGGUGGAGACGAUGCAAGUGGUGAAAACUGCCAACUGCAGACCAGAGAAGUGAGGCUCACCCCGCGGGGACGCCAGCCCUCAAACACAGACAAGGCCAAGCCAGAGGACAUGCUGGGCUCCAGCCUCCCACACAUGGACAGCAGAGUCGAGGUCUUGCAGGCAGGAGGGCAGCCUGGCGCCCUGACCCCAGGGCCCAGGGGUCCUGGGUCCCCCCGUGGGCUCUGAAACUGCAGAGGCUGGUUCCCAUGGAGUGGCCACAACACCAGUCCCUCUGGAUGGGGACAGUCACAGAACCAGGCUCCUGAGGCCAGCGAGGACGAAGCACAGCCUUGCAGGCCCGGUCCCUGCCUCCUGCUAAUUACGGAGACUUGGCGUCCCCUCUCCAUCUGCCUCAGAGAUGCACCUGGGCUGCCUCCCUAGCACCACACCCCAGGCCAACCUGCCUCCAGGGAGCACCCCUCCUGAGCCGCCCUGUUGCCAGCUGGAGCCGGUGGGGAAACAAGGAGACAGAAGCGGGCACAGCCGGCCCACAGCGCGCCCAAACACAGACUAUUUGGGGACUGGCUUAUUUUUAGUUUGAAAUCGGCCCACCCCACAGGACUGGAGGAACCUGUAUCCCACUGGGCCAGGUCACGGCAGCCAGGGGCUUGUCAAUCACAGGUCACCUCCGCCUGCUCGUUCAGGGUGGGGAUGGGACCAGACAGCCCGCAAGGUGGUCAGCAGUGCCCAGCCAAAGGGUGUCCAAGGCCUAUGGCCGCAGGGAGGAGCUGCUUCCUGGACAGUUCUUCAGAGACGAUUCAGAAGAACAUCAGCUGGUCAGCUUCGAUUCCCACUGAUGAUGUCCAUGUGUCAUUAGCGCCAAUUAGGGGAUUGUGGAGGCAAAGCGUUUGGCCUGGGGCACAGGUUGGUGGCAGGGCCAUCAGGACAAUUGAAUUCCCACCAGACAAAUGUGAUUACGGGUGCAGCCUGGGCCCACCCCCACAGGGCCAGGGCAUAAAUGGCCAGGUGGGCUGCAAGCUCUCCCCAGCCAUGCAGGCCACCAGCCGUCGGUGUCGCUGGGCCAGCAUUCCCGGCCCCAACAUGCGUGAGGCUGCCUCCAUGUACGGCACAGCGGUGGCCGUCUUUCUGGUCAUCCUGGUGGCCGCUCUGCAGGGCUCAGUGCCCCCAGAGAGCCCCUUUCCAUACCACAUCCCCUUGGACCCCGAGGGGACCCUGGAGCUCUCAUGGAACGUCAGCUACGUCCAGGAGGAUGUCCACUUUCAGCUCCUGGUGCGGGGGCUCAAGGCUGGGGUCCUGUUCGGGAUGUCGGACCGCGGGGAGCUGGAGAACGCUGACCUUGUCGUGCUCUGGACAGAUGGGGGCCGCUCCUACUUUGCGGAUGCUUGGAGUGACCAGAAGGGGCGGAUCCAUCUGGACAACCAGCAGGACUACCAGCUGCUGCAGGCACAGGGCACCCCGGAUGGCCUGGUCCUGCUCUUCAAGAGACCCUUUGCCACCUGUGACCCUAAGGACUACCUCAUUGAGGAUGGCACUGUCCACUUGGUAUAUGGGAUCCUGGAGGAGCCGUUCCAGUCCCUGGAGGCCAUCAACAUCUCAAGCCUGCACACAGGGCUGCAGCGGGUGCAGCUCCUGAAGCCUGAGGUCCCCACCCCAGCGGUGCCCGCGGACACACGCACGAUGGAGAUCCGUGCCCCCGACGUCCUGAUCCCCAGCGAGGAGACCACGUACUGGUGCUACAUCACCGAGCUGCCACAGGGCUUCCCUCGGCACCACAUUGUCAUGUACGAGCCCAUUGUCACCGAGGGCAACGAGGCCCUGGUGCACCACAUGGAGGUCUUCCAGUGCGCGGCCACCUUCGAGAGCUUCCCCCACUUCAGCGGGCCCUGCGACUCCAAGAUGAAGCCCCAGCGCCUCAGCUACUGCCGCCAUGUGCUGGCCGCCUGGGCCCUGGGCGCGAAGGCGUUCUACUACCCCGAGGAAGCUGGCCUUGCGUUUGGGGGCCCCGGGUCCUCCAGGUACCUCCGCCUCGAGGUCCACUACCACAACCCGCUGAAGAUCCCAGGCCGGCGCGACUCCUCGGGCAUCCGGCUCUACUACACAGCCACGCUGCGGCGCUUUGACGCAGGGAUCAUGGAGCUGGGCCUAGUGUACACACCCGUGAUGGCCAUCCCCCCGAAGGAGACGGCCUUCGUCCUGACCGGCUACUGCACGGACAAGUGCACCCAGCUGGCUCUACCUUCCUCGGGGGUCCACAUCUUCGCCUCUCAACUCCACACGCACCUGACCGGGAGGAAGGUGGUCACCGUGUUGGCCCGGGACGGCCGGGAGACAGAGAUUGUGAACAGGGACAAUCACUACAGCCCUCACUUCCAGGAGAUCCGCAUGUUGAAGAAGGUCGUGUCUGUCCACCAGGGAGAUGUGCUCAUCACUUCUUGCACAUACAACACAGAGGACAGGAAGCUGGCCACCGUGGGCGGCUUUGGGAUCUUGGAGGAGAUGUGCGUCAACUAUGUGCACUACUACCCCCAGACCCAGCUGGAGCUGUGCAAGAGCGCCGUGGACCCCGGCUUCCUGCAGAAGUACUUCCACCUGGUGAACAGGUUCAACAGCGAGGACGUCUGCACCUGCCCCCAGGCCACCGUCCCGCAGCAGUUUGCCUCGGUGCCCUGGAACUCCUUCAGCCGCGACGUGCUGAGAGCGCUCUACGCCUUCGCGCCCAUCUCCAUGCACUGCAACAGGUCCUCAGCCGUCCGCUUCCAGGGGGAAUGGGACCUGCAGCCGCUGCCUGAGAUCGUCUCCCCCCUGGAAGAGCCCACCCCGCACUGCCCCACCCGUGGGGCCCAGAGCCCCGCCGGCCCCACGGUGGUCAACAUUGGCCGUGGCAGAGCUUGAGAGGCGGCCUCCAACCCUCCUCCCUGUGUCCCAGUGGCCCACAGCCCUGUCCAUCCCCAUGCUUGAAGCCCCCAGGGGACCCCCAGUGCAGUGCUGAGUGCCAGGUGAAGGGGCUGGACCAAGCCCCUGCCUGAGACCUGGGCCACACCAGCCUCCUCCCCCAGACCCCUGCAUGGCCCCGAGGCUCCCUGCUGACCUGCCCUGGACUGGGUAGACACAGCCAUGUCCACCCCUGCUGACCCAGUCAGGAUGAGCCCCGCGGGGGCCUUGCCUGGGGUCCACAAGUCCUGCUGCCUCCUGGGACAGCCAGGCUCCCCUGUGACCUGCUGGUCCCGUCCCUGUGUACAGUGACAGCUCUACUAAACAUGGCCCUGCAGAGCGG